UCCCGGGCUCCCGGCCUCGGCUCCGCGCGGACGCCGAGGAAAUGAGUGCGGCCACGGCGCCGGCGCCCGAGCGCGGCUGGAAGAGCGAGAAAGUGGAUGAGGCGCAGGCCCUGGCGCGGAGCUGCGCCGCCCGCCGCCCCGACUUCCAGCCGUGCGACGGGCUGUCCAUCUGCGCCACGCACAGCCACGGCAAGUGCUUCAAGCUGCACUGGUGCUGUCACCUAGGAUGGUGUCACUGCAAAUACGUGUAUCAGCCUAUGACCCCUGUGGAGCAGCUACCAAGCACCGAGAUCCCUGCCAGGCCUCGAGAACCCACAAACACCAUUCAGAUCUCUGUCUCGCUCACAGAACACUUUCUGAAACUUGCAUCUGUCUUCCAGCCUCCCCUUCCCCCUGACUCCCCGAGGUACUGUAUGAUCUCAGACCUCUUCAUCGACAACUAUCAGGUGAAGUGUAUUAAUGGGAAGAUGUGCUAUGUGCAGAAGCAGCCAGUGCCGCACUCCCACAAGCUGAGCCCCGAGGAGGUCUCUGCACACGAUGCCUUAAUUUCAAAAGAGAGCAAUACACCAAAAAUAGAUCACUGCUCUUCUCCCUCGAGUUCUGAGGACUCCGGGAUCAAUGCCAUUGGAGCCCACUAUGUGGAAUCGUGUGAUGAGGACACGGAAGAAGGAGCAGAACUGAGUUCCGAGGAAGAUUACAGUCCUGAGAGCAGCUGGGAGCCGGAUGAGUGCACCCUUCUCUCCCCUUCCCAGUCUGAUCUGGAAGUGAUUGAAACAAUAGAAACCACUGUGUGAGUCCAGGGGGGGGCCUCGGCCUCGGCCUCUGCUCCGCACUGGACUCAUUACUUUUGUCUGUUGGAUCCUUUUCCAAUGCUAUUGGUAUUUUCUAUCCCUUCUACCAACCAUAGCAGUUCAGUGGUCUGCUGAUUAGUGUCACUCCUAAAUCAGGCUGAUAACUUAGACAGUUUUUAUUGUAAUGGUUUUCUUUUGUAUCUUUUUAUGUAGCAUCUGGUGUCAGGAAUUGUGACCCAACCUUAAUUUCACUGGAAACUUUGAAAGCAGCGACGAUCACAGGACACACUGGAUUGGAUGGAGGAGCUACCCAGACUGCACAGCCAGUCCUUUGCAGAAAGGCUCCUGUGUCUUUUUGGCAUGGUCACUGCACCCUUGUCCUGCUAGUUCCCCAGGGGAAGCAGUUUGCUCCCUCGGGGAACAGUGGUCCAUGUCGCUCUCCCCUUCCCCCUUGUCCCUACCACCUGCCCUGGGUCAGCUGCCUCAGCAUACUUCUGGAUUUUGAUAGAGGCCAGUUUGGCCUCUGUGUCCACACACACAACCCUCUGCUACACGGGCUGAGCUACAUCUUCACAUGGGACGAGAUACCACCUCAGUGUCAUGAUCAGUGGAGCUUUAGCUGAGCGCCAGAUACAGAACGGACAAGACCUAAUUCCUACCACGAAGGGGUCUGCAUUUCACGGGACACGCUCAUGGAGAUCAUGGUACCCAGGGACAGAGUUAAGGACUUAGCUAGAGGCAGGUGCUGCUGCGUUGGAGCUGGCCUCAUGGAUGGAUGGGUUUCCCGGCAUUUCUCUGCUUUUCCUUAUUUUUCAAACCUUGGGAAACAUUUAAGUACUUAGAUCGGUAUUGUAAUUAUGAGGCAGUCACAUCUGACAUCUUAAAAAAAUCAAUAGUUUUUAGUUAGCAUGGAAAUGCUAAAAGAUGAAAGUCCUUUAGGGAUUAGGAAUGAAUCUAAUAGGUUUGAUUAAUUCUGCUUCAUUUGGUUAUAUGAAGCAUUAGAAUGGGUUAGAUGAGAAAUGGAUUAGAAUUCAGUUUAUGAUGCAUGGAUUUUUUUAUGCAAAUGGAAAAAGUUGAACUAGUUCACUUCUAAGGAGAAAAUAUUUUGUGUAUUAUUCACUUUACCACAUGAAUGUUCACGGUCCACAUAGUCCACGUAUGUGCCCCUUUCUCACACACACAACAGUGAACACUUCUUCCUUAUACAGCUCUCUUCAGAAGGCUCGUCUCCGUAUUGCCAGAGAUCCUCAUGUGAGUUGCAUAGCCACCACUUCCCUAACUGUCUGUGAGGCGCGGUGAACCCAGGAACUUCCAAGUGCCACCUGAUGACGUGAGAAGCGUCAGCGGGAGUGGAGCGUGUCUUCGUCCCGACUCUUCCUAGCCUGGUGGCAUUGUCAGUCUGUGCUCGGGUGGUGUCGCAGCACAUCUUUGUCACGUUAGUUUGUAUUUUAGGAGAGUAGAGUUCCUUUGGGAUCUUCUCCGAGGCCUCCAUUUUGUACCCUCCACAAAGUACUCAAGGAGGAAUUUGUUUUCUACAUUGUGUAGUUUAAUGUUUACUAGAAAUUUUUAUUAGAUUUAGGUGUCCAAAAUAUCUGUAGGACUUCGAAGGCAGAGUAUAUGCCUUUCUGUUUGAAGACAGCAUUAAUUUUUGUGUGUGUGUGCUAAAUGAGAAUGCGGUGUAUAGCUUCCCCUCACUUGAAAUGUAGUAACUUGUUAAACCAAGAAGGUGGUUUGAGGAGCUCCAGAGACGACCAGGCAUAGGUGAGGGCGGGUGUAUGGGCCUGAGGGACAUUCCCCUGGCCAGAUGUGGCCCCGAGGGCCUUUGAUGAGCCCAGCCUGAGUUUCCUCCCUUGAACCAUGGCUGGCUGAAGGCAGCAUGGAGGCCCCGAGCCUGUGAGCUGCUCAGCAUUCACCCUGCGCUCAGGUCUGGCAGGGCAACACCAGGGCCUCCCUCUGCAUGUGCCUGGGGUGAGCUCCUUGAACCCUGGGGAGUGGGGGUGGCAGGGCUGCUUCUCUAUCCCCAUUAAAUCUAUUAGGGACCCACUGCCACCUAACCUAAUUGGAGUCUACAACCAGUGAUCCAAAGCCACCGACUUGUGGCCAUGGGUCAGGCCUGGGCCCCUUACCAAUAGUACCUAUGACUUUAGUCAGCUUCCUGUUUUAUAAACUCCAGAACUGCCAUUCAGAUUACCCACUGUUUUAAUGCAAUUUUUGGAUAUAAUGGUUAAUAAUCACUUUAAAUAUUUGCACAAUCUCUUUAUAAUUACUAAGCUUCACUAAGCUUCACUUACUAUUUUAUAGAAUUGGAGACGUUCCAUUGUAUUCUAAGUAUCAGAUACUCCUGGAUCUCAAAACAGCCUUUUCUAAAUAAGCACAAACAAGUUUUUUUUGUUUUAAAUUCUAGCACUGUUCAUACUAAUAAUUUACUAAAAUAUGAUUGAACCAGAAUUGUUUAUGCUAUGUUAUGAAAUAAUAAGAUAUUAAAAUGUAAUUUCAACUUAAAUUCUAGGCCUAUUCUGUUCUAUGUUAUAUGAAAGAAUUUCUCUGUGGUCCUGAUAUUAUACUGCUGAUUUGUAUAACAAUAUUUAUAAGCACUUUAGGAAAUAUUUAGAUUGAAACACGUACUAUAGACAUUAAGCACAGCUAUGUGAACUAGGCUUUUGACAAAUCAUUUGUGCAGUAACAGAGACGCAAGCUUGCCAGUGUGGACCUCGGCAAGUGCUGUCUUGGGGAGGGGCCAGUCCGGCCCAGGUAAACUGCUCUCCCGCUGUAGUGGAAAGCUGGAAUGAUUCCCACAUUCGGAAAGUUAGUAGAAAGAGUAGAAGCUUAAUUCCACUAAAUGUGGAAUUGGCUUUCUUACCUAACCAAGAUACUAAUUUUCAAAUACAUGCAUAACUUUUCUGAGAAACUUCAAAGGAAUUUUGAAGUUUUUGUGGUUAUGACUAUUUGCUAUGUUGAAAAGCAAAGUUUU